UGUUUUAGAAAAGGAGUGUUUUCAAACAAACUAGCUAGUUUAUGAGCCCAAAAGGGUCAUUCCCCCCAGCCUUUGUAUAAAUUCCCAAACCACCUAUCCCAACCUUAUCCUCAGGGCAUUUCCAAGUUCCUCCCUCCCUUUCGUUGUUAAGCAAACAAGGCAAUCAUUUAACAAAACACAAGAGCUAUCAUAUAGUAUACUGCUAUACAAUAUGCAUCCUACUACACUUCCCAAGGGUAUGGCCAGAUGGACAAUGAUGCCAUGGCCUAGGCUGCCUACACCAUUUUCGAUUGACAACAUUCCAAUUCACAAUGUAAACUUGUGUUGUGACUUUAAAGAACUAGAUUUGAGCAACCAAAGAGGUACAGGCCUUUGGUGUGCAGCAAGGAGGCAAGUAAGAUACCAAGAUGAGGAUGAAGAUAGAGAUGAUGAGGAUGGGCACAAUGAGAAGAUUUCGAAGUUGGAGUUCUAUAGUCAAUCAGCUAGAGGAGAAGCACUCAUUGUUCAUGCACUUGUGGACCAAAAUGAAGUAGAGGUGCUUAUCUUCAAAGGAUUUUCUUCAUGCUUGAGCUAUAGUACCUCCCCUGACCCAACAAAAAGCAUUCUUCCAGCCAGGGCAGUGAUAACUUCUAUAGAUAGAAUCAAAGGGCCUUUUGACCCUGCCAAUAUAGAGUAUCUGCAGAAGAAUGUGGCAUGGGAAGAAUUCAAGACAAAUCUUCUUUCUAAUUAAAUUAAAUAACAUGUAAUUAGGUUCUUAAUUAUUUUAAAAAAAUUCUGUGAUUUAAUUAAUGUCACUAUCGUUGUAAUAAAUUUCACUGUCAAUCAAUUAUAACUUUCAUAUCGUUAAAAAUAUUAGACUUAAAUUA